AUGCAAGUGAUUUUGGCUGAAGCUGAUAAAGACAAGACAGGGGGCAAAAAGGGUGUGAAGAAGGGAGAUAAGAAAACUGCUGACAAAGAAGGACCAUCGGUACCUGGAAAAUCACACAAAAAGAAGAAGGCACCAACAACUACUUCUACUGCUGCUCCCAAAAGGCGAAAGCAACCUACUUGCAAGCAAAAGUCUCCUACUACAACUCCUACUCCAAUUGGUAGUGAAGGUUUAGAUUCUGAGUCUGAGUCAGAUAUUCGCAUUGAGGACGACCAACCAGUGCGUAACGAAGAGGAUGACAAUGUUUGCAACAAAGAAGAAACAGUUCGCAUCGAAGGCCAAACCAUUCACAACGAAGAACUGACUUCGAACCCUGAGGCAAAAUUGCAAGAAAUUCGCACUAGUUUCAAAUCUGACCAUGAUGCGUUUCAAACCUCCAUCUCCUCUCAAAUUUCCAACCUUCAAGCAGAACUGGCAAUGGAGAGUAAAAUCAUGGACUCUCUUGCCAUCAAAACUGAAAGAGUUAAGGUUCUCACUGUUAAGCUUGAACAGGAUGAGAAACAGGUCCAAGAUUUGAUCACUAAGAGGGCUGUAACAAAAAACUGCAUCUCUGAUAUUACAGGUUUACUCUUAGAUGUCAUUGAGACCAGGGACUCAAUGGUCACCAUCUCCGUAAGAAAGCAUCUGAAUGAGAAGUUGAGACAGGUCUCAAUAAGAAGUUGA